AAGUGAAUCUGUGAUGCCACUGCAAAGCAGCCCUUCAGGAAAAGCCAAUUACCUACCCAGCCUCCUGGAGAUUACAAGGAAGAGCACCUUGAGGUGAAACAAAGGAGAGAUGAGGAGGAUGGCAAUGAAAGGACUUGGGCUGUUCAUUUUCAGUGCAAUUCUGGUGUCUGUUCAUGCCCUCACUGUGGAAGCACCUGCAAAGGAAAUCAAAGUGGCAAGAGGAAAAAAUGUUACCCUGCGCUGUAAUUUUAAAUCAAAUUCAGUUCCUGACAGAGGAGACCUGGUAGUCUGGAAGAAAAUCAAUAGCAAGGUUGAUGCUGUGACGCGGUAUUUCGAUGGGCUGGUGCAGUACGGGGAGGGCUACGACGAUCGCAUCCAGUUCAGUGGCGAUGUUGACAGUGGGGACAUCAGCAUCACCAUCAGUGCUGUGACCAUGGAGGACAAUGGCACGUACGCCUGCAGCGUCCGCCUCCGCGAAGACCCGCCCCGACAGUCCGCACUCCUGGAUCUCUUUGUCCUCGUUGCACCAUCCAAGCCUGAAUGCAAUAUUGUGGGGACAGCACAAUAUGGACAGACAAUCAACCUAACCUGCAUUUCUCAUGAGGGCUCCCCAACACCCACAUACACCUGGAAAAGCUUCAAUGUGCAAAAUGAGCCCCGUGUGCUACCACACCCAGAAGGGCAACAAAUAACUCUGAAGAACAUCUCAGCAGACACCUCUGGCUUUUACAUCUGCACUUCAACAAAUGUUGUGGGAACGGAAUUUUGCAACAUGACAGUGAGCGUUGUGCCACCAUCCAUGAACAUAGCUCUGUAUGCUGGCAUCAUUGGGGGAGUUGUUGCUGCCAUUGUGGUGAUUGGGAUCAUUGCCUACUGCUGCUGCUGCCGGGCAAGCAAGGACACCGACUAUGAGAUGACGGAGAAAGAAGACAGAAGUUACCCCUCCAGGCAGAUGUCAACAAGGCAGGAGAGCACAGAGGAGAAUGUGGAGAAUGCAUGAAUGAACAAGCCACGGCCAUCUCCAGGAUCUGCUGAGGCACAGAUAUCACUGUUGAAAAGAAAUCAAUCCCUCUUUCUUACUGCAAGGAGUUGAAUUAUAAAAUGAAAGCCAAAGACUCUGCCUUCAAGCUCUGGGAGAGAACAUUAUUGCUUCCCUGGAAAGAAGAGCUUGAUGUACAGCGAGCAUUAAGACAGACUCUCAGAAAAAUGCACGUGGAGCACUGCUGCACCCAGUCAGAAUCAUCCAAAAAUAACCAGUCUUCCAGACUUCCAACUUUCUGAAAAAAGAAACCAGUCAGGUUUAUUUGGAGAACACAAGAACAGAGCUGCUGAUGUAUCCCCAGAUCCACAAAAGGUUUCAAGGUCACCAACGGCAUUUCAUCAAGGAAGGGUGGUUUUGUUUAUUGAGUCAUGCAAAUGCCACAGCUUUCACCAUUUCCCAACACAAACUUUUUUUUUUUAUGGAGGUUGAAGCAAGAUGAUUUUUAAAGACAUUUUUAAAAAUGUGUUCUUUGUAUAUAUUAUACAUGCACAUAUGAAUAAAGAUAUGGAAAAAAA